GCGGGGCUGGGGCCGGGAGCGGCGGGGCCGGGAGCGGCGGCGGGGCCGUUCUCCUCCCCUCCCCCUCCCCGCCGGUGCACCGGAGCGCCGCCGGCUCCUGACCGCUGAUUGGCUGAAGGAGAGAGGGGCGACUACGUCACACCGCUGACGCCACCGGGGGCUCGCCGACGCCGAGCGGGCGCAGGCGGCGAUGAAGAACCAAGGCGGGGAAGCCAAGGCAGCCCCGCGCCCCGCGGGCUCCUCUGCGGCCGGCGGCGCCCUGCUGCUGGAGGAGGGCGACCCGGCCGAGGCCACGGCGGCGCUGGAAGCUCCUCUCACGCAGGAGGACACCAAGUCCUCCCGGCCUGCCGUGCGUGACGUCUCGGAGGAGCUAAGCAGACAGCUUGAGGACAUCUUGAACACGUACUGCGUGGAUGCCAGCCAGGAGGGUCCGGGCGAGGACGGCGGGCAGAGCGAGCCUGCGGAGCCGGAGGAGGCGGAGAAGUGUCGCAGCGAGUCCCCGAGGAACGGCGACCAGGAGCCGGGUGGCCCCGAGAUGAACGGGGAGAAGGAGGGCACGAAGGGGACGGAGGAGUUCCGGCCCGGCGAGGAGUGCGGGGAGCGGGAUCAGAAGAAGGCUCAGGAAAAGAAGAAAGCCAAGGGCCUAGGCAAGGAAAUCACUUUGCUGAUGCAGACGCUGAACACCCUGAGCACUCCAGAGGAGAAACUGGCAGCACUGUGCAAGAAGUACGCUGAGCUGCUGGAAGAGCACCGUAACUCCCAGAAGCAGAUGAAGAUCUUGCAGAAGAAGCAGACGCAGCUGGUGCAAGAGAAGGACCACCUGCAGAGCGAGCACAGCAAGGCCAUCCUGGCCCGCAGCAAGCUGGAGAGUCUGUGCCGCGAGCUCCAGAGACACAACCGCACCCUCAAGGAGGAGGGUGUCCAGCGUGCCCGGGAGGAAGAGGAGAAGCGGAAGGAGGUCACCUCCCACUUCCAGGUGACGCUGAACGACAUCCAGCUCCAGAUGGAGCAGCACAACGAGAGGAACUCCAAGCUGCGCCAGGAGAACAUGGAGCUGGCGGAGCGGCUCAAGAAGCUCAUCGAGCAGUACGAGCUGCGGGAGGAGCACAUUGAGAAGGUGUUCAAACACAAGGACCUGCAGCAGCAGCUCGUGGACGCCAAGCUCCAGCAGGCACAGGAGAUGCUGAAGGAGGCAGAGGAGAGACACCAGCGGGAGAAGGACUUUCUGCUGAAGGAAGCUGUGGAGUCGCAGAGGAUGUGUGAGCUGAUGAAGCAGCAGGAGACCCAUCUGAAGCAGCAGCUUGCUCUCUACACAGAGAAGUUUGAAGAAUUCCAGAACACCCUUUCCAAAAGCAGCGAAGUGUUCACGACAUUUAAACAGGAGAUGGAGAAGAUGACUAAGAAAAUUAAGAAGCUGGAGAAAGAGACCACUAUGUACCGUUCUCGCUGGGAGAGCAGCAACAAGGCUCUCUUGGAAAUGGCUGAAGAGAAAACCCUACGGGAUAAAGAGCUAGAGGGGCUUCAGGUGAAAAUCCAGCGCCUGGAGAAACUGUGCCGAGCCCUGCAGACGGAGCGCAACGACCUCAACAAGAAGGUUCAGGACCUGUGUGCCCACGCGCCCCGGGCAGACAUGGACCUGUCGGAGCCCCUGAAGGACCCAGCCCGGGAGGGCUCCGAGGCGGUGGCAGGAGGUGCCCCAGCAGAGCAGCACCUGGCUGAGGAUUGCCUUCACUCGGGAAAGCCAACACACGGCACAGAUCCUGCGGAGACGCUUGGAGAACUGAGCAUAGGAGGCCUGGGGCAGAGUGGGACUGAGGAAGGCACUCAGGGCGCUGACUGAGCCCGCCGUGCGGUAGGCAGAGGUAGGGCGAGGGAGGGUAGCGUGAAUGUUUCCAGACUCCGAUGCCCCUCUCCUGGUCCUUGGACAGGUGCAAGAGGACAGCCCUCCCUGGGCUUCGAGAUUUCCUAGCGUAGGUUUUUGGAGGGUUUUUUAAAUUUUUAUAUAUAUAUAUGUGUGUGAGACAUAUAUAUAUAUGGUAUAUAAAAUCAGUGCAGGGCAACGUACACUUUAUAUACGGAUAUAUAUGGAACCUAGAACGACCCACCUCCCUGCGUGUGCGUGAAUAACUAAUAUAUGGAGACUCAACUGAUUGUCCCUUUCACUAAAAGACCUUGUCAUUGGCAGGCUGUGACUCCCCCAAAAUCUAGUGCAGCUCAGGAAAGCAGGUGCAUGGAUCGGCCCCAGCCUUCCUCCGGCUCGUGGCACGGGGACAGCUGGGCAUGUUGCUUCCUCUGCCUUCACGGCGACACUCUCACGUUGAGUGACAGCAAAAGAGUUGAGUAAGGGAGAGCAGAAGCGUUUCCCAGCUCUGGAUUCUCCCUCCCUCCUCUGCAACAGGCAGGAGGGAGCUCCUGGACUUGUUGUUGCUUUCUCAUGCUCUGGCUGGCAGCUCUCUUGAGUAUGAGCUGAGCAAGCGAGGACGAGAGAGGCUGUUUCCCCUCUGUGUGGGUUUUGUGUAUUGAAUGGGGACAAAAAGAAGCAAACUGUGGACGCCUGGUUCACCCAGGCCUCCUGCAGGGUCUUUGCUCUUCCCAGAACCUGCCAAUGUCUCGAUAGCCUUAUGAUUCACAGUUGCCUCUUUGCUAUACGCACAUGUGCACAAGUGUAUUAAACAGUUAAUCCAAAGGUCUAACUCCGAAGUGUUUUGCACAAGCACGUGUGAUCAGUUGUGCAAGGGGACGGGGAGGUCCUUCCAGCUGAGCUCUGCCCUGCCUCAGGACCACCCCUUGGCGCUGAGCGGGGUGGUCCUGGAGGCGUUCACGGAGCUGGGGCUCCAGGAGGAUCCAACCCGCGUCUGCUCCGCGACCUGCUGAAGCUGAACCGCUGGGACCAGCACAGGACCGUGCUGCGGGCUGGUCCCUCCUGCAGUCAGCCCCCCGCGGGCCCUCCAGUCUGCACUGGCGCUGCCCGGCCCCCUCCUUGCCCUCUGCUCGGUCAGAAGAGCAGCUCCCGGGUGCCAGCUGCCGCCUGGCCCGAGCUGCCGCCGCUGUGUCUGGGUGCGAGCCGCAGCCUCUGCCCACAGGACCAAGCGCUCGCCCACAGGACCCGCUUGUGCCGGGAGGGCGUUGAGAGACACGUGAGGCUUGCUGGCAUGGGGCUUGGGGGAUUUCUCCUUAGUUUCUCAAGACUUCCUCUUUUCACCGUUGUUUUGGGAGACCUCUGCUUCCUUGAAACCCUUCCUGCAGCUUCUCUACAGCAGACUUUAUUUUCAGCAUUGCCUUCCUUCUUGCUUGAAGCUGAAGUGAGCUGGCCUGAGCAGUUCCUUGCGGUGGCUGCAUUCAGUGGAACAGCCUUGGUUUCUUUUCUGGUGAUGCGGCUGCUCUUGCAUCUUCUCUCUGCAAUUGUACAGUGCCCUUGCGAAGGACCUGCCCUGGGAGCAGCCUGCAGUAGGUGCCUCUGCAUCCCCCUUUCCUCCAAGGGAAGUCCAGCGAGUUCAGGCUUAACGACUGCGGCUGUCUACGGAGCCCAAUAAGCCUCUGUAGAGCCACAGUCUUGAACAGCCACUAGGAUACGUUCCCUGGAGUUCUGUGGGGCUUUUUCUUCUAGCCCUGCACCGCCAGCAUCGCUUCCUCCUGCGUGGGGACGCAUCUGCCUCUGCCAGGGGUCUUCCGGAGUGAGUGAACGUAGCUCUGGCCCAGCGGGAGCCCCCAGUUCCCCAGCAGCAGGGCUGGGCGAGGGCUGCAGCCUGGCUCUGGACUUCUCUUCUUGCGCUUUCAGUCAAAGAAAAAUCUCACAGAAAGUCACCACCACCUUUUUUUUUUUCUGUUAUGGUACAGAUAACCUCCGUGGGGGGCUGGUGUAUGUAUCUUGGUACCCAAUAGAAGUGCACACAAACUC